CACAGAUAUGCAAAUGAUGGCUGAAGAAGGGUUUCAAUGCGUUCAUCUUUCUGCGGAAAUAACCAUAAAAUGUCUCUGUAACUUAUUGUUUCAGCAUCAUACAUGAGUGACCGCUUUGUAAUUUAAUCUUCCUUUUUGAGGGAUUUUUAUACACAUAAAUCUGAUAAAUUAGCAUAAACGAUACUAUUUCAGUGGGCGCAAACGCAACUCAUGUUAACCGGACGGUAAACUACUUCGCCGUUUGUCUGUUUGUUGUCAUUCACGAGUAUUGAGCGCUCGUUGUGCUUUGAAACGAAACGGUAAAUCUUGCAGGCGGUACAGACAUCUGAGGUCUAAAAAUAGCUGUUCAUCUACGUAUGCCUGAGCGCUAAACCGAACAACUGGCGAAGAUCUACAACCAACCACUCAUCGCUGUCGAAAAGAAUGGACUUUGACUGUGCGCUUGAACAGGUCGGAGAAUUUGGCCGUCAUCAAAAAAGGAUUUUCCUGAUUGUCAGCCUUAUUUCUCUUCCUCUCGCCUCUCAAAUGUUGAUUGUAGUAUUUGUUGGAGCGGUUCCUGAAUGGAAAUGCACUUCACCAAGUGGCGACACUUUACACUGCAAGUCAAGCGCCGACCCACGCUGCUGUGAUAAAGAUGGUUCUAUUUGUCGUGGAGGAGAAUUUUCGACACGAAUCACAUCUAUUGCGACUGAAUGGAACCUAGUUUGCGGGAAUCGCUAUAAAAUUGAGUUAAGUCAGUCAAUCUUUGUGGCUGGGUACAUGUUUGGAGUUCUAAUCUUUGGUAUUUUAUCUGAUAAAUACGGUCGCCGAAGACCAUGGCUUUUCGCUUACACUGUUGGUGGUAUAUUAGGUCUAAUGACUGGUUUUGUCAGAACAUACAAAGAGUACAUUACCUUACGUUUUAUUUUCGGAGCACUGAAAGGUGGAGGAGGUCUUAUAACCUACGUGCUGUCGACAGAAUCUAUUGGACCUUCAUAUCGAGGUAGGAUAGAACUGACAUAAUUAAUCAUACUUAGCAGAUAAUAUCUAUUCACAGUUAGAAGAUUUGGAUUUAGUUCUUAUUAACCGAGCGGGAGGAUACCGGAGGUCUGUAUGGGAGAAUCUUGACCGAGGUCGCCAGUACAGACCGAACGCAGUGAAGUCUGUACCAGCGAACGAGGUCAAGAUUCUCCCAUACAGACCGACCUAGCUCGGUUAAUAAGAUGUUUAUUAUAUGGCCAAACAUGAAAGCAAAGGAACAAAAACAUCAAUUUCGACUUCAUCUUUGCUCGUAGCUUCCUCGGCAGGACUCAAAUUUGCCAACGUUUGGUCGUUUUCAUUACCUUCUUCCUCGUGAAGGUCCACUGAUUCUUCCAUUUAGUAUUAUUAACAGGAACAGGCCAAUUUUUUCAUAUUCUUUGUUUGUAACUUUUUGAGGACAACUGUUACAACAAGAUCGGUCUAGAUGCCGGUCUAGACGGGAAAAUUGAAUUUGUUUGUUUCCAGUCCUUUUGAGACAUGGCCAUAUUCAGAGUACAUUGUACUCACUAUCUGUCUUCUCAUUGGCUUAGAGCCGUUAGUUAAUUUUUUUUAAACUAGAGCAAACUACAGAUACUACGGAUUAGUGUAUGUUGUCCGCACAAAGUACGAUUUCCAAGAGCAAUGUCAAACUGCUUUCCGUGUGAUGGUGUGAUUGUCGUUAUUUUCUUCAAAACAAUAAAGCAAUUAGUAGAUUAUGUUUUAGUGAUAAUAUCCUGAAUUAUCAAGGUAAAUGUUAUCAGCCUAGACUGCCCAGGCUUACCUCGACCUUGAUUUUUCCGGAUAUCACAAAAAUCUCAUCCAAUAAUUGUUAAUUAACUCUAACGAAAUAAGCUGGGACGCUGACUCUUCCGCAGCCGUCUUCGCGUAACGCGUAACGCGCACGGCUAGUCAGUCAGUCAGUCGGUCGGUCCGCCCGUCCGUCCGUCCGACUGUCAUAUAAUGUAAUACUUUCCAAACCUCAUGAGAGACGACUGGGGACGUGUCAGUUCUGAGAGUACUAUUGAGCACUAUAUUUUUGAACUGCAAAUGGGUAAGGGAGAGUAUGUCGUAAUUUGUAGCACCAGUUCACGUCGUUUCUUCGACAUGGAGUGACCAUGGAUGUUGGGUCACAUCCUUAGUAUUGUGUUACUGAUAUCCAGGCAUCAUGAUAACCUAUUCAAAGAAUUUACGCUUUGUUGUCUUCUUCUCUUUUGUCAGGAACUGCAGGUAUUUGGCAGCAGGCGUUUUAUCCCUUUUGCUUUGUCGUUCUGGCUUUAGAAGCUUACAUCAUCCGCGAAUGGAGGACUUUAACUGUCAUUUCCAUUCUUCCCACGUUAAUGGUUUUAUUCAUUUCUAGAAGUAUUCCAGAAUCUCCAAGAUGGUUAUUGUCUCAAGGGCGAGUGAAAGAAGCAGAAACUAUAGUAAGAAAGAUUAAGGAAGAAAAUGGUUACGGCAAUGGCGAAUUGAUAUUCCUGAAAAUGGAAUCCAAACGGGUUAUAGCACAAGGAAAUAAUUGCAAGUAUGGGACAAUCGACUUAUUCACACACAAGUCUGUGCGCGUCAUCACAAUAAUCAUGAUGUUGUCAUGGUGCGUGAACAGUAUGGUAUAUUAUGGACUUGCCUUAAACGUUAAAAACCUGGAAGGGAACCUAUAUCUUAAUUUCGCGCUCAGUAGCUUGAUAGAGUUACCUUCGUUUGCUUCGACACAGUUCCUAUUGUCACGUUUGGGGCGCAGACUAAGUUUGUUUGUUCUUCUCUUGGCUGCAUGUUUUUCUUGUUUCCUGUGUGCGUUUCUGCAAUUUUAUGGCGGACAAAAUGUAACUGCAAUUUCGAUUACAGCACUUGGAGGCAGAUUUUGUAUUUCGGCAUCUUAUGCCGUGUUGUAUGUUUACUCUGCAGAGCUUUUUCCAACAGUUGCUCGCAAUGCAGGUAUGGCGAUAUCCAGUUUUUCUGCCAGGGUUGGAGGAAUGGUUGCUCCCUUUAUUGUUCUGAUGGGCGAUCACCACAUCUCUCUGCCAAUGUUUGUUUUUGCCUGCACGGUUUUGUUUGCCGGGAUAGCAGGAUUAAAAUUGCACGAGACACAAGGAAAACGGAUGCCGCAAACAUUUAGCGAUCUCGAGGAGAUUCAUUCAAGGAAAGCAAGUACUAAUGGUACUUAACUAAAAUACUUAAUACCGAGUGUUUUCUUUAAAAAGGGAAAUUCUGCUGGAGGGAUUACUCAGUAAGGGUGGUGGUAGAGUUUUGGAAUCAAUACUGAGGGACGGAUACGCUGACUUUACCAGUUUUUCUGCUCGAAACCUACUUCAUUGAGCUACGCAAUACUCGUUUCAUUUAGUUAUCACUUAAGCUCAGAAAGUAGUAAUGCAUGGGUGUGUUUAGGAUUUAGAGGGGGCUUAGGGGGCCACUCCCACCCCUCCCCUUUUUUUUCUGAGAUUUUGCUUAAUUUCUAAAGAAUUUCUUUUCACAGUCUGUUUCUCCCGUU